CCCGUCGGCCGCGCGCCUCCCCGCGGCGCCUCGUGCUCUUCCCUCCCCGCUGAGGCGCCGAGGCCAUGGCCCGGGCCCUGCUGCGCCGAGCGCUGGGCUACGUCCUCAGCCGAGAUUUUCGGAGCUACCUGAUGAGCACCCACUUCUGGGGCCCCGUCUUCAACUGGGGGCUCCCCAUCGCCGCCUUCAGCGACAUGAAGAAGUCGCCCGAGAUCAUCAGCGGCCGCAUGACCACGGCCCUCUUCUUUUACUCCCUGGCCUUCAUGAGGUUUGCCUACAUGGUGCAGCCUCGCAACUGGCUCCUGUUGGGCUGCCACUGCGCCAACGUGGUCGCCCAGACCAUCCAGGGCGGGCGGCUCCUCGACUACAAGAGGCAGCAGGCCCAGCGGGAGCCGGGAGCUUAAAGGACCGGACCGCAAAAAAACACCCGAGGGACCGUGGCACUCUUUAGGAGACUCCAACCAAGAACACCCCUACCAACCCCUCACCGCCCAGCAGGCCUUGAACAGUUCCUUUUUUAUUCAAAGAAAAUCCCGUUUCAACCCACUGUUUAAAACCUAUUCAAAGGACAGGGGCCUUUUGUAAUCUUGGACCUAACUGUGGACCAUUAAAAACCCAAACCUUUGAAAUGUCCAA